AUGAUGAAUAUUAAAUUUCUCAAUUAUUAUUUACUGAUUACAAUAAGCAUCUACGUUAUGUCUUCAAACCAAGCUGAAGGCAGAUCUAUUGUUUAUGCAUCGUCGGAAGAGAAUUCUUCAGGGCGCGAUGAAUCUGACAAAAUUGAUUUCUUAAAUCUACAAUGUGUAGUUGAAAGAGAUAAACCAAAAGCUCCUCUUAGUGAUUCAGCACUCAAAUCAAGACUCGAAGCAGUUCUUCUAAGCUGUCGUUCGGCAUUGUUCCAGACAAAAGAUUUGACAGACAAUUACAUCAAACAGAUUUGGGGAAACGAUGUUACAGUUCACAGGCAUCAUGAAACUUGGGAGCGCAGGAAUAUUCCAUGGCUUUGGCCUGACAAUAAGCCAUUGCAGAAGCAUUUUCGUGGUGAAAUUCACGCGCAUCAUUUGAAGGAACUGCUCGAAACCAAUUGGACUCAUGAAAAGAUUUUUGAAAAGUUGGGAAAAAUUUAUCAAAGGUUUCAAAGAAUUGGUGUUGGCGUACAAAUUGUUAACAAAUGGAAUAACAUUGCAUCGAUGGAAGGGACACAUUUGUUGAAUACAGAACAAGUGAAUAUAAGCACGAAGCUUUUUAAAAAUGCUACUGAAGGGAUUCAUGAAGUUCUUUGUCAAAUUCAGGCUAUUUUUUAUGACAUGGCUAUUGAUCCUAAAACUGAUAUGGACAUAACACCAUUCGUCAUGGACAAAUUUAUAAGACUAAAUCAUUGGCUUGUUUAUCGGGAAUAUGAAAAUCUCAUGGACUAUUCACACAAAUUACUCAAGAUUAUGACAGAUAGGAAGGAAUUCUCAAAAUAAAAUUGCUACAAUUAAAUUUAAGUAAGGCACCCAGUGAAACUAAAAACAAAAUAUAAACGUUAAUAAUGCUCAAGAAAUUUUAUGAACGAAACAAGAAACAUUUAAGAAAGCUUUCAAAAGGCUUUGUUUUUAUGAAAACAUGCGCUUGUUUUAUUGAUGUGCAAUUCACUUUUUGUUAUGCAAAAUCUGUCCUUAGCAGCAAUCAGUGUUUAAAAGUUUAAAUGUAUGUGCAAAAACAUUAAAAAAUACGCUUAGAGUUUUUGUACAUAUGUAUAUCAAAAUUAAUUAUGAAUCUAUUAUUGUUAAACAUUUAUAUUCUUAAUUUUAAAAAUCUUACAGAAUCUGUAUUAACAUGCCACCCAAAUUUAGAAAUUAUUGCCAUUAGAGGAUUUUUAAACUUAGACAUUGAUGAUACUUUUAAAAAUAUCUUCAUUGAAAAACAUUUUUCUAUAAUUAAUUUUGAUGUCAGAUAAAGAGCAAAAGUGGACCUCGCAAUGUUUAGACAAAAUAAAGAAAUAUAUUUAUUGUAAAAUUGCAAAACAGGUA